CUAUUACACAGCGGACAAGACGACCAUGCCUGGCAUUCCAGCACCUGGUGCAGACAACAAAGCCUCCAUCUCCCGGAUGGAGGAAGCCGUGCAGGAGCCUCUGGCGCUCAUAGGCUUCUCCCUGAGAUACCCGCAGGAUGCGGACACGCCUGAAGGGUUUUGGAAAGUGCUGGAGGAGAGGCGGAACGUCAUGACGGAAUGGUCCGCUGAUCGGAUUAGACUGGAGGCUUUCUAUCCAAAGAAUGGGAAGCAAGCGGAGAAGACGUUUGUGCCCGGUGCACACUUCCUCAAGGGGCACCUUGGGGCCUUUGACGCACCCUUCUUUGGCAUCAGCCCUACCGAGGCCAUGGCAAUGGAUCCUCAGCAUCGCAUUCUUCUUGAGACCACAUAUCACGCGCUAGAAAGUGCCGGUAUUCCCAUGGAGAAGGUCUCGGGCUCCAAAACGGGCGUGUACAGUGGCUCUAUGACCGACGACUACAAGCACAUCAUCACCAAGGACGUCGACAACUUGCCCAAAUAUACGGCGACGGGCGUCACGAGCAACAUGAUUGCUAACCGCCUCAGCUGGUUCUACAACCUCCUUGGACCGAGCAUCAACAUGGACUCGGCUUGCUCAAGCAGUCUGAUGGCCUUUGAUUUUGCCUGCCAGGGACUGCGGAACCGAGAUUGCGACAUGGCAAUCAGGUAUCUGACCCGAAUUUGUGCGCAGGCCGUGGUGGCAGGCGCAAGCACCGUCUUGGCAGCCGAAGGCGUUGUUUCGCUCAUGAACAUGAGCUUUCUCUCCCCACAGGGCCGCUGCUUCAGCUUCGACCAUCGGGCAAACGGGUACUCGAGAGGCGAGGGCUUCAGCGUUGUCCUUCUCAAGCGCUUGAGCGAUGCUCUGCGCGGCCGAGACACCAUCCGGGCCGUGGUGAGAUCGACUGGCUCGAACCAGGACGGCCACACCUCGGGCGUGACGCAGCCAAGCGGCGAGUCGCAGGCGGCGCUCAUCCGGGACACGUACAGCAAGGCCGGUCUGCGGCUGGAUGAGACGCGCUUCUUUGAGGCACAUGGAACCGGGACGCCGCUUGGAGACCCCAUAGAGGCCGAGGCCAUUGGGACCACCUUCAGGACCGCGAGAUCUCAAGCCGACCCCCUCUACAUCGGUGCGCUCAAGUCCAACAUCGGCCACUUGGAAGGCGGCAGCGGCUUAGCCGGAGUCAUCAAGGCUGUCAUGGUUUUGGAAAAAGGGGUCAUUCCGCCGAAUGCGAACUUCGAAAAAGUCAACCCCAGGAUUGACUGCGACUUCCUCAACAUCAAUUUCCCGACGGCGUGCAUUCCCUGGCCCUCUGCUGGGCUGCGCAGAGCCUCCGUAGCCUCCUUUGGUUUCGGCGGCUCCAACUCGCACGCCAUCUUUGACGAUGCGUACAACUAUCUGAAAUCACGCGGGCUGGAGGGCGUCCAUCAAACACGACAGAUACCCCCUACUCGCGAGCAGCUACACGGAGCGUCUGCUCAGGGCGUCAACCCUUCCAGGGGCAAUCACACCGGGUUCCUCUUGAGCAGCCUUGAGCCGGGUGAGAAUUUGCCAAAUGGCACUCCGAAUGGCCGUGUCCGAGACUCUAGGGCCGCCAACGGCUCAGAACUACCACCGAGCGGAAUGGCCAAUGACUCGCAUCAUCAUACAAGUAACGUUGGGGCAGACGGAAACCUUGUCAGCAGCACCAGGGAGCACCUACUACCAGACAGGCUCCUCGUCUUCUCGGCUAGUGACGAAGACAGUCUACAACGCGUCGUGAGCGCAUACCAAGCAUACUUCCGGAACUGUGAUUCCUCAGCAAUGGAUGCCGCCUACCUCGAAAACCUCGCCUACACCCUGUCUACCAGGCGAAGCGCCCUAUUAUGGCGGUCAUUUGUCGUUGUGAACUCGGUUGAGACCCUGAGCGAUCUCCAAAACCGCAUCUCCAAGCCAGUCUCUGCGGGCCAGAGCAAAGGCAUUGCCUUCGUCUUCACUGGCCAAGGCGCUCAGUACCGUAGCAUGGGCGCCGGACUCCUCGGUCAUCCCACAUUCAAGUACUGGAUCGAUCGGUUUGGCGAGAAGCUCAAAGACCUUGGGUGCACCUGGUCGAUGGCCGACGUAAUGGACCAGACAGACUCAUUCGCCGAUAUCAACGACCCCGAAUACAGCCAGCCCCUGACCACAGGGCUGCAGAUAGCCCUGUACGAGCUGCUGCAAACCCUCGGCGUUGGGCCCUCGGUAGUGCUCGGCCACUCCUCGGGCGAGAUCGCCACGGCGUACGCUGCCGGAUGUCUGUCCCUAGACUCUGCCGCCAAGGUUUCGUACUACAGAGGUAUCUGUUCAAGCGCACUCAAACGCUCACUGAAGCAGGCCGGAGCCAUGAUGUCGGUCAACCUACCAGUGGACGAGAUGCAAGAUUUCUUCACAAGGACUGGCCGGGAACCCCAGGCCAUCUGUGUGGCGUGCAUCAACAGCCCCCGUAAUGUGACCAUCUCCGGCGAUGAGGCGGUCGUGGACGAGGCCGGGCGCGAUCUCGAAGCUCGGGGCGUGCGCACGCACAAGCUCAAGACGGGCGUUGCGUACCAUUCUCGCCACCACACGGCGCAGGUCGCCGCGCAGUACGCUGAAAGCAUUGCCUGUCUCGAGAGGGGCACCAAGCGGGCCAAGCGACCGAUCAUGCUAUCGUCCGUGACGGGGAAAUACGUCCAGGACCCCGGCGAAGUGUGCACACCCGAGUACUGGGUCACCAACCUGGUCUCACAGGUACAGUUCGCGGGGGCCAUGCGCACUCUAUCGGUGCUGAUGGGCAAGAAGACGCCGACGCGUAAGCUUGGCUCUCCCAAGCUGGACGCGAUCCGGGACGUGGUCGAAGCUCGGGCCUCUCAGGCAGCGCUCAAGCUAGCUGGAGAGCUAUACGCCCGCGGGUAUGCUGUGGACGUGCAAAAGGCGAACGAGAUUGGCCUCUCUUUUGAGCACAAGACCAACCUGCAGGCCCUGGUAGAUUUGCCACCCUAUCCUUUCAACCAUUCCCGAAUAUACUGGUACGAGUCCCCCCUGAGCAGGCACGGCCGUCUCCGAUGCCAACCCAAGUUGGAGCUGCUUGGGACACCGGCGGCGGACUGGACUCCCCUGGCACCACGCUGGCGCAAGUUUUUUGACCCAACCGAGACGCCGUGGAUUGGCCAUCACAGAGUUAACGGGAAGGCCAUUUACCCGGCAACCGGCAUGGCGGUCAUGGCGAUCGAGGCUUCAGCACAGAUGGCAGAUCCCGCCAGACGCAUUGCAGGGUACGAGCUCCGGGACGCCAUCUUCUCGGCCCCUAUCAUCGUUGGCGGUGAGGGCGAAAAGAGGACCGAGGUGCAGCUCCACAUGUGGCCGGACGGCGCUGAUAAGAACGCGAGUGCCUGGGAGUACCGCGUCUGCUCGCAAAGGAACGGGGUGUGGGUUGAGCAUUGCUGCGGGGCGAUCCGGGUCCAGUACGAGACCCCUGGACAUGCUCACGUCCAGAGCGACGAGGACCUCUUCUAUCGCGGGAAAUAUAACGAGGCCCUCCGAGCCUGCACUUUCAAGGUGCCGACGGAAACCAUGUACGAGAACUUCGAAGCUAACGGGCUCAACUACGGUCCCCCCUUCCGAGCUCUCGAUGACCUCGCAUGGGACGGGGCGCAUGACGCCGUCGGGACCUUGCAGUGCUUCCAAUGGACACCCAAGCAGUCCCAAAACGACCGCCAACCGCAUGUGGCCCACCCCGUCACCCUUGACGCAGCCGGCCAGCUGAUGUGGGUGGCUCUGACAAAAGGGGCGCAGGAGGUGCUGGUCAACGGCGCUGCCGUGACGCGCAUCCAGCACGCAUGGAUCGCCGGCUCGGGAGCGUCCUACCCAGGGACCCCUUAUCUCCGCGCGGCAUGCACCACGAGCCUCAAGGGUCUGCGCGGCACCGACGCGUCCAUCUUUGCACUGGAUCCCGAGGGCCGUCUGCGCUUGCGCAUGUCCCACGUAGAGACGACCGCGGUCGGCGGCGACGAGACCUCGACAUUCGCCGCGCCCCGGCGUAUCUGCUUCGAAAUGAGCUACAAACCCGACAUUGACCUGCUCGACGCGGCGCAGCUUGCCGUCUUCACCCGGCCCUCCCCUAACGGCCGCCCCGACCAAAGCGGUGCCGAGCCCCAGUCCAACCCCGAAACCUUCUACCACGACCUGGAGCUCGCCCUUUUUUGCUUGGCGAUGCGCGCACUAGCCGAGCGCGGCGAAGCGGACCCGCUCGAUCUGAUGUUCAACACGGGGCUGGCGGGGGCGCACUAUGCGGGCGUGUGCGCUGCGACGGCGUGCUGCGCGGGGCUGGCGCCCUACGUGGACGCGCUGGCCCACAAGUGGCCCGGUCUGCGGGUGCUCGAGGUGGGCGCGGGCACGGGCGCCAUCACGGGCUACAUCCUGCGGGCGGUGGGGGAGGCGCGGCUGGGUCGGUACGACUACACGGACGUGUCUGCGGCCAUGUUCGAGGGCGCGCGGGAAAGGUUCGGUGAGAUGGGUGGCAGGAUGGCGUAUAAAAUACUGGAUGUGGAGAGGGAUCCCACGGAGCAGGGGUUUGAGGUUGAAGGGUACGACCUGGUCGUGGCGGCUUGGGUACUGCACGCGACGAGGGACUUGGCGAGGACGGUACAGAACGUGAGAAGGUUGCUUAAGCCCCAAGGGAAGCUGGUGUUGAUGGAGAUUACGGAGCCGGAGAUCCUGAGGAAUGGAUUUGCCUUUGGGACACUGCCUGGGUGGUGGCUGAGUGAGGAGGAGGAGAGGGAAUGGAGUCCCUGCGUCUCGGAGGCGCAGUGGGAUCGUGUGUUGAGGCAGAACGGUUUCCAAGGCGUUGACGUGGUCAUUCGGGACUAUGAGAGUGACGUGUGCCAUGAAAAUAGCCUUCUCAUCGCCACAGCCCUCGACCCAGGUCCAAACGCUGGUGUUGGGUCCAUGCUUACGCUCGUCUUGGACCCCGACUCCGGCCCGCAGGCCAAGCUAGCCGCAGAAUUCGCGGGUCAGAUGCGGGAGAAAACCGGCGUUGGCUGCCAACUCCUGCCCAUACAGAACGCACUGUCGGUGGCCCCUGGGUCAACAGUGGUGUUCCUCGCGGAGCUGGUCAAACCAUAUCUUUCAACGCUUGACGAACCCUCAUUUGGGAACCUCCAGGCCCUCCUCGCGGCGGCUGGGAACGUUAUCUGGCUCACUUCGGCAUGCGAAGCUAGCCCUGCCUCGGCCGAGCUGCAGAUGGUCAGGGGUCUCGCGCGAGUCCUCAACACCGAGAAACCCGGCCGGUCCUUCGUCGCGGUGAGUUUUGAGGAUGGCAGCCUGGAAGACAAUCAUGAUCUUUGCGUCAACCACCUCUGCCGGGUCGUUUCUGGCACAACGGCGUCUCAGUCACAGGGCUGCGAGCUGGAAUAUGUCCAGCGCGACGGCCUUCUCAUGAUCAACCGCGUGUUCGAAUCGAGCCCUAUGAACCUCCAAGUCCACUCGCGCUGUCACCCCACGCUUCAACACCAGCCCCUCUCCCAGGCACCCCCGCUCGUUCUCACCAUCCCCAACCUAGGCCUUCUUGACUCCCUCCGCUUCAUAGCCGACCCGCGUUACGUCACCCCAUUGGCCCCGGACGAAAUUGAGAUUGCGGUGCAAGCCAUCGGCAUCAACUUCCGAGACUUGCUCACCAUCCUCGGCAAGCUUGCCUCGUCAACAACAACGGGCUGCGAAUGCGCGGGGACGGUCACGCGCGUCGGGUCCGGCGUGACGGGCCUCGCGGCGGGCGACCGCGUGUGCGCCGUUGUGUUCGGCUGCACGAGCACGCACGCGCGGUGUCACUACCAGCUGGCGGUGCGGGUGCCCAGCUUCCUGUCAACCGCCGAGGCGGCGGCGCUGCCGGUUACGGGCGUGACGGCGCACCGCGCGCUCGUGACACUGGCACGCCUCCAAAAGGACGAGUCCAUCCUGAUCCACUCGGCUGCCGGGGGGACGGGCCAGAUGGCGCUGCAGCUGGCGGUGUCACUCGGCGCCGACGUCUACGUGACUGUCGGCACCGAGGAGAAGCGCGCUCUGAUGCGUGACGUGUAUGGCCUGCCCGAGCACCGCAUCUUUUACAGCAGGGAUACAAGCUUUGCGAGGGAUGUGUAUCGCACCACUAACGGUAGGGGGGUGGAUGUGGUGGUGAACUCCCUGGCGGGCGAUGCGCUGCUCGCGUCGUGGGAGUGCGUCGCGCCGUUCGGAAGGUUUGUGGAGCUGGGCAAGGCGGAUAUCGAAGGGAAUGCGAAGCUACCCAUGGCCAUGUUUGCGAAGAACGUGACCUUCUUCGCCGUGGGGGUCGAUGACCUUGCUAAGCAUCGACCAGGAAUGGUACAGAGCGCGCUGAGGGAAGUCAUGGACAUGGUGGAGAGCGGGCGGAUGAAGGUAGCCGAGCCACUGCAUGUCUAUCCCCUCUCGGAGAUGGAGACGGCCUUCCGGACCAUGCAGGCGGGCAAAAACACGGGAAAGACUGUCCUGACGGUGUCCCCGGAAAAUGUCGUCCCGACCUGGCUCGAGCCCAAGUAUUCUUGCUCCCUGGAUCCGGAAGCGACGUACUUGAUCGCCGGCGGACUCGGCGGGCUCGGGCGCAGUGCUGCCCGCUGGAUGUCCCAGCGCGGCGCAAGGAAGCUGAUCCUGCUCUCUCGCUCCGGGCCGAAAUCGUUUGCCGCCCAGGCACUCUUGCAGGAACUCGAGGCGGCGGGCACCUGUGUACGGACGCCAAGUUGUGAUGUUUCGUCCGCCGAGGAGCUUGCUGCAGCACUGGCCGAGUGCGCCGAUAUGGGCCCGAUCAAGGGAUGUUUGCAGUGCACAAUGGUGCUCCAGGACUCCCUGUUCGAAACCAUGACGUACGCGCAGUGGUCAACCUCUCUCCGCUCCAAGGUACAGAGCACAUGGAACCUGCACCGGCUUCUCCCCGUCAACCUCGACUUCUUCAUCAUGCUUUCCUCGGUCGCUGGCAUCGCCGGCUCCAUGGGCCAGUCCAACUACGCGGUAGGCAACACCUUCCAAGACGCUCUCGCCGCCCAUCGGCACUCGCUCAACCAGGCCGCCACGUCCAUCGAUCUCGGCUGGAUGGGUGACGUGGGCAUCGUGGCCGAGAACGCUGACCUGACGCGCGGCAAGGAGGCCGCGGGCGACUUGGCGCGAAUCUUGGAGAAGGAGUUUCUCGCGCUGCUGGACCUGUAUUGCGUGCCUGGGCAGCAGCAGUGGACAGGGCAGCCCAUCAUCGGGCUGGUAACGCCGGCGCAGUUCCGCGCAAGGGGAAUCAAGCCCCCGGAGUGGCUGGUGGAAAGGUCCCUGUUUAGGGGCCUCGCGCAGCACGACGACGGACCGAGUCCUGGGGAACACGGAGGAAGCACGAGUGUGGGAGCGCUGGGCUCCAGGGAUUGGGCCAGGGAGUUCUUGAGGGCGGCGGGAAGGGCCGAAGCAGAGGGCAUCGUGGUCGAGGCACUGAUGGAGAAGCUGGCGCGGGCGACUUCGGUUACGGUCGAGGAUAUUGACCGGAGCCGGCCGCUGCAUGUGUAUGGUGUCGACUCGUUACUGGCUGUCGAGUUGAGGAAUUGGUUUGCAAAGACGUUCAAAGCCGAUGUCGCUAUCUUUGACAUUACAGGGCAGGCGAGUGUGGAGGAGGUGGCAACGAGGGCGGCCGCUCAGAGUGGGUUGCGAAUGAACUCGGUGGAGAAGAAAGAAGCAGAUAAGUGAGGCAGGGCUCGGGUCUUGGGAGAGU